CACGUUCGCCGGCGGAUGAUGAUUAUCAUGUUAUUAUUAUUAUUAUUAUUGUAUUAUAAAAUCCAACUGUUUACAGGGUGAUUCAUUAAGCAUGCACAUAAGACACUCAGACACUCGAUAUUUGAUUUUAUUAUUGGAUGGAUAAGCUAUAACACAUACGAACGAAAUUGCUUGUUACCGAAUCUUAUGAAACUCUUACGUUGGCAUUUAAUUUCGAAAGAAGGCCUACAACGGAUUUGCAAUGAGCCGUUAGUGAGAAGUAACAUUGAUAUUAUAAGAGACAUAUUAGAUGAUAUUAUCAACAUAUUCGUCAAUUCAAAAACUUCGAGUACGUUAGGCAGAAAUCAUUCUAUUCGGCACAACAUUAUUUUUGCAAUCAAUUCAAAUAGUGGCAAUUCCAGUGUAAUGUAUAUGGCAUAUGGAUAUUAGAUACAAAGAUCACUUAAAAUGGCAAUCGAGUGAUAAUUUAUUGUUUUGUCCACCACGAGCAUACUCGAGGAUGGUAGCCUCUGAAAAUGGAAUAAUACUUGCGAUUGGUGGUAAAAAAGAAUCUGGUCAUUGGGUAAAUCUCAUCGAUGAACUAGACCUUAAGUCGACGUCAAAAAAACAAUGGGUUCCUACAAAACCACUUAAUCGACCCCAAUUUGAUUUUGCUGUCUGCACUCGAAAGCAAUACAUAUAUGUUGUUGGGGGCUGCGAUUUCUCAUAUGGUAAUUGUUUUAAUUCAGUGGAAUACUACGAUACAAAUUCGAAAGUAUGGACGGAAAUUAUCAAAACAAUGCCCACGGCUCGACGCUGGUGCAGUGCUAUAACCAAUAAUGAUGAUUUAUAUGUUUUUGGCGGAAAGAAUGGAGCUGAUCUUUCAACUGUAGAAUGCUAUGAUUUUGCGAAAAAAAAUUGGAAACAAUUCGAUCCUAUGCCGAUAUGUAAUUCCACGAUGGGUGUAACGAUAAUAGAAAACUACAUUUAUAUCAUUGGCGGCGUUUGUGAAUCUCAACGAGUUUUUAAAUUUGAUUUACGACAUUCCAAAUGGAGCGAAAUGCCUAAAACGCACUUGAAAACAUCUUAUGCAACAUCAAGUUUUGUGAAUAAGGGGAACGAUAUAUUCUUAUUUGUCAAUGAAGGUGGAAGAAUUUAUUGCGAAAUUUAUGACGCUGAAAAAAAACAGUGGCAAUGGGCUGCCAAGGCAGGAGUGUGUAUUGGUACUAAUAUUGUUUCUUUUAACGAGGGAACUCUGAAAUCAUAUGGUAUACACUUCAAGUAAUAUUUUUUAUCAAUCAUUUCUUGUGAAUUAAAUUUUGUUUGUUUUAUUAAAUUAUAUGCUGAAAUUCAAAUUAUUUUAUUUUCGAUUUUAUUAUGCG